GUUGUUGCCUCGACCACACGUGUAACAUCUCGCUUUUUACUUAAAAGAUUUUGAAUCGACCGCCUUCGAGAGCCUCAUCUUGCAGAACGCCCACUCUCUUCACUAUACGCUGAUGCAACUUGCGAACAAGAAAAAUCAGGGCUGGAGGGCUACACACAACAAGGAUGCCUGGAUAGAUCAUGGGUGCGCAACUCAGAAAUGCUGAGUUGAUGGGACAAAACGUCAUUGGCAUAUACCUCUCAGAAGAGCCGAUGUGCGAUUCCACUCAGCCAGUGAAAGAUGAUGAACCAAAACUAGGGCGUUUUAUCCAUCACGAAGAAAAUAUUCAACAACCUCAAUUGAUUGGUAGUGGGAUACACGGCGUGGUAGUCCUGACAGUCAUUAAAGGAGCUGAAUAUGUUUUGAAAAUUCAUGCAUCGAAACACGUCUGCGAGCCGGGAACUAGAGCUCGUCCGGUCCACUCGACUUAUCCAUUUGUGUCGCCUCCACGAUAGCCGCGUCGAUUCUGCUCUUCCCCAUGCGAAUGUGUAAUGACUCAUCUCUCACAGGACGAAAAUAUCCCUGAAGAGCGCCGAUUGAAUCUUAGAAAUCGUAAGCUCAGCCGCCCGCGAGACUCUUGUAAGACGCAAUAGCGAUACGCUUCUUAAUCCGGAUUUCUCUCUCUCCGUCACAUAUGCUUCAGAGUUGAGCCUUCGCUGUUUUUUGGUUGAUGGUAUUUCUGCGAUACAAUAUUACUGCAUAGGUCUUUUGCAGUAUCAAUCGGCGUUCGUCCGUGAGACGCAUUGUGCCCAUCUUCCGAGAUUGAUACACAUGGCGGAGAAGGAGAGCGAAGAUACCGAUCGAAAUCAUAGGUGUCUGCUAAUGGGGCGGGAAGUUCCGGGAAUGCUUCCACGCCUGUCGUCUCACCAGCACCAGCACUAGGAAUGGGAAACGUGGGAAAACUGGUACAAGAGAUGGCUGGAGCAAAUUCAGGAGAGAUUUGAGAGAACAAGCAAUCAUCAUGAGCGUUCAUCUGCCGAAGUUGCUCAUGUGGGAUCACCCGCGGAUCGUGCUGGAACUCCCCUUCGUCGAGAGGAGAAGUGGGCGAAUCUUCUGGCCAUUGGCGGACAGGGCGGUCCCAGCAGCGUUCGGUCAGAGGAUCGGGUGAGCCGAGAAUUGAUAGCACUCGAGGGGAAACUGUUGGAUUCGUGGUGGGAAUCUUCGUUCGAAGGCCGACGUAGAUAGAUGACAUGCCCCCGGAGGGAAUCGAUAGUGAGGCAUGCUCCGAAGUUGGUCUCGAAAUCCCAUCUUGGUCAGAGAUAUUCCACUCUCGGGUCAUCGUAGAACUUGCGGAUUCGUCCUGAUCAGGCUG